AUGGACAGCGUAACUGGGAUACCCACUGUGGAUACCGGUAUGGUCAAGACUCAGGACGGCGUACACCUACACUACACGCAAGCAGGACCCAACGAUGGCCAGAACCUGCUGUUCAUACCAGGAUGGCGACAAACGGCAGUAGAGUGGAAGAAGCAGGUCAAGUACUUCUCCGAGGCCGGAUAUCGAGUCACCGCGUACGACAUGCGCGGCCACGGCGAGUCUGAGAAGCCCGACUUUGGCUACCGAUUGAGCCGCUUCGGCGCCGACCUCUACGAUGUUUUGACUACCCUCAAUCUCCGGAACUUGAGCGUUAUAGCACACUCGAUGGGCUCCUCCGUGACCUGGGCAUUCUGGGACCAGUAUCCCGACGAGCGCAAGCGUAUCACCCACUUCGCCAUUGUCGACCAAUCCUCCGUUCUCGUCGCCGAUCCCACCUGGACCAAGGAAGAGGCCGAGACAUGCUCUGCUGCCCUCUUCACACCGGCCCAGACAUACACCUUUGCCAAGAAUGUAGCCCUCGAGACUCCUCCCUUUGUGAGGAAGAUGUUUACCUCCAAUAUCACUGAGGCAGACUACCAGUGGGUGCUCGCCGAGAACAACAAGAUCAGCCAUGAGCACGCCGCGACGCUGCUCAUCGACCACGCAUUUGCCGACUGGCGUGACGUGCUACCCCGCAUCGACAUUCCCUGCCUGGUCAUAUCAGGAGAUGACAGUGUGAACAACGCCUCGGGUAUUGCAUGGGCAGCUACGCAAAUUCCUGGGGCCAAGAGCCGUACCUUUACAAGUGAGGAGCAAGGAAGCCACUUUGUGUUCUGGGAGAACCCUGAUUUGUUCAACAGUGUUAUUGAGGACUUCGUGUCACCUCAUAGACUAUGA